ACUUUGCUACUGAAUUUUUUCAUACAUCAUACGGAAAGUCACCAUGAGUCAGUUAGCGGAAUUUCAGCAUGUUCUGCAAGAGUUUAGUCCUCUACUCGACUCGUACUGGCCAUACGUUGUGGGCAUUGUAUUGGGAAUUUUAACAAUGAUAAGCGGGUCGAGUUUUAGGGCUUAUAUGGGAGGACCGGACUGUCCCAGCGAGGAGAGAAUCGAUGGGAAAACGGUUGUGAUAACUGGGGCUUCGAGCGGUAUCGGUAGAGAAACAGCUUUAGAACUGGCAAGGAGAGGAGGACACAUAGUUUUGGCUGUCAAAGAUGAAGAAGCUGGGAAUAAAGUAGCCGAAGAAAUACGAGCCAUGCCUAAUGGAAAGGCAGACGUUAGAAUUGUGGACUUGUCUUCGCUGAAGAGUGUUCGUGCCUUUGCCGAAGAUCUGGAACUAGACCAAGUCGAUAUAUUGAUCAAUAAUGCGGGAAUCGCUUUUCAUCCGUAUGAAAAAACUGAGGAAGGUUUUGAAAUGCAUUUUGUCACCAACUAUCUUGGACAUUUUUUGCUGACGCAUUUACUGCUGCCGAAACUCAAGGCAGCUAAACAAGGUAGAAUUAUAAAUGUCUCAGCUCAAGCCCAUAUAGCUAGUGAGAUUCACUUGGACGAUUUGAAUUUGGAAAAGAAUUUCUCCCCAUUGGAAGCCUUCGGACAGAGCAAACUUGCUUUGAUACUCAUGGCUAGACACAUGAGUAAUGUUUUGAAAGAUACGAAUGUGACGGUGAAUGCGGUAAAUCCUGGGCGUGUUAGAGGAACGCGGCACAUGAGAAGAUCUCCGAUCAGUUCCACGUACAUAAUAAAGUUAUCAAUGCAGCCAUGGAUGUGGUUACUACUUAAAAAUCCUGUGCAAGGUGCACAGACGUCGGUUUAUGCCGCUGUAUCUACUCAGCUGGAGAAAAGCACCGGAAAGUAUUUUAGCGAUUGCGAUACGAAGACUCCGUCACGGAAUGCCAUGGACGAUAAACUAGCCGAGAUACUGUAUUCAAAGUCACUUUUGCUCGUACAACCAUUCGUGGAGCUUCCUGAGAUUGUCACAACGAAUGAGUGAACACUUCACUACCAAGCGAACACAGAACAGCUUGGGAAGAUUAUAGUGUUACACAAAAUUCUGCAAGUGAACAACCAGACUCGACUAAUUAUUACAUAAGUAUCGUCAGCUGAUAUAUUAUAAUUGUUUUUUACCAGAACCCAUUUCCAUUGCUAUUGGAAUUGAGUAUAAUAUUUCUGUAGAAGGUGAGUGCAAAGUUGAUAAGUUAAUUCGGUUAAAAAAUCGGCGCACUCGGUUUUCUAAUUUUAAACCAAUAUACCAGAGUAUUGUUAUUGUCAGAAAAUUGUCAAGAAUCGUUACUCGGUUUAUUUACUAGAUCUCUGACCAGAUUUUGUAUCCGAAUAUUUUCUACUAAAAUAUAUUUAUAUUAAGUGGCA